UCAUCACCAGCUUGACAACAGGAUGAAACUCCUUGUGCUGGCUGCUCUGCUCACAGUGGGCGCUGUCGAGUGCGGCAUCAGUCCGCGGGCAGUGUGGCAGUUCCGCAACAUGAUCAAAUGCACGAUGCCGGAGAGCGACCCCUUGAAAGAUUACAACAACUACGGCUGCUACUGUGGCCUGGGUGGAUCCGGCACCCCUGUGGAUGAACUAGAUGCGUGCUGUCAGACACAUGACCGGUGCUACGACCAAGCCAAGAAGCUGGACAGCUGCAAAUUCCUCCUGGACAACCCCUAUACCAAACACUACUCAUACUCCUGCUCUGGCUCAGAGAUCACCUGCAGCAGCAAAAACAAAGAAUGCCAGGCCUUUAUCUGCAACUGCGACCGCAAUGCUGCAAUCUGCUUUUCAAAGGCCCCAUACAACAAGGAGCACAAGAACCUGGACACCAAGAAGUACUGUCAGGACUGAGUAUUCCCUCUGGAAAUCAUCAUCCCUAUGGCUUUCACCUUACACUGUACCCUCCAAUAAAGCACCUUGUUGA